CAUCUAUCAGCUAUAAAAAUCGCUUCAUGAUCGACAUGUUGGUCACCUGUUUUAAAUAAGCAAUAAACCGUUGUUAAUUUAAAUAGUUGAUUUUAUAUGUAACACAAUAUAAAUUUUAAUAAAAUAAUAUUUUUAAUUUUAACAAAAUGAUUACUCGUCAAAAGUUGCAAAACUCUCCACAACUGGUGGAUAUUAAUAAACAAACGUAUGAAGAACAGAAAUUAGAUAUUUCAGCAUUACCAUCAAUAGUAUUUAAAGGAAAAAUAGACUUUUCUAAUGACUUUUACGAUUGUGCCAAAAUUUGUGACAACAUUAUAGAAGAGAUUGAAAAACUUGAAGACAACAUUGUACCGAUAGGCUUUGACUUAGAAUGGCCAUUUGAUUAUAAAACAGGAGCCAAAAAGACAGCAUUAGCACAAAUUUGUUUAAACGAAUCUGUUUGCCAUUUGUUACAUUUAUAUAAUUUAUCAAAGUUACCAGCAGCUUUCGUGCAACUUUUAAGUCAUCCAAAAGUAAGGCUUGUUGGUGUUAAAGUUAAAAAUGAUGUGCGGAAACUUGGAAGAGAUUUUUCUGAAUUUCCAGCUGAAAAAGUAGUAAUAGAAAAUUGCAUUGAAUGUGGUCCACUUGCAAAUAAGAUUUUAAAUCGUUCCUGUCAUUGGAGUUUAAAAAACUUGACUGCUUAUAUGUUAAAGAAGAAAAUUGAUAAGAAUCCUGAAGUAAGAAACAGCAAAUGGCAUAUUCAACCUUUAAGUAAAGCACAAAAAAUAUAUGCAGCUACAGAUGCGUAUGUAUCAUUACUUAAUUAUUUAGCAAUUAAAGAAAGGUCUUCUGAAAAAGAGGAGGAGUCUUCUGAAAAAAAGGAGACUUGUAAAAAAGAAGAAGAUUAGUUGCAUAUUCAUUAAUGAAGAAAAUGAGAAUAUCUGU